GGUUAGCAUGUUUUGAAAAUUUUCCUGCAUGUUUUCUAUAUUUUUCCAUUUUAUUUGAAUUUCCUUUGGUUUUCGUCGCUACAAAAGCAAAAAAUAAUUCAAUUAUGGAUCAAAACACCCCCUCAGAACCCAAAAAACCCAUGACAGACCAAGAGAGGCUCGAAUUGGCUGCAAAACUGGAUGCAGAAUUGGACGAGUUUAUCAAUAAUUUGCCUAGAACCAAAUAUGAGGAUGGAUGGCCAGAAGAUCGAUGGGAAGAGGAAAUGGCCAAGCAUCCAUUUUUCAUGAAGGAAGCACCCAAACCUGGAGACGAACUUCACCCCCUAUAUGAAGGCUUACAAAAAUUAAAAUAUGAUCCAGAAGAAAAUGAGCCUGAAGAAUUAGCUAUAUCAUAUAAGGAGGAUGGAAAUUUUAAUUUCAAACACAAAAAUUACAGAUUAGCUAUUGUCGCUUACACAGAAGGAAUUAAACAAAAAUGUGGAGUUGCAGAAAUUGAAUCAAGCUUGUUGAAUAAUCGAGCAGCGGCGCAUUGGUUUUUGAAAAAUUACAGAUCUUGUUUAAAAGACUGUGAAUUAGCUUUAAAACUAAACCCAGACUACGAAAAAGUUUUAAACCGAGCUGCUUUUUGCUGUUAUCACACUAAAAAUUACGAAAAAUCAAUCGAAUAUUGCGACAAAAUAUUGGAAAAAAAUAAAACCAAUAAGGAGAUACUUGACUUAAGAAAAAAGUGCGUCAACGAAGCAAAAUUGCAAAUACGCAAUGAGAGAAAAAGAGAAAUAGAGGACAAAAAAAAGAAACAAUUUGAAAAUAACUUGAUACAAGAAAUAGCCAAAAGGGGCUAUAAAAUAGAAGGAGGAGAAAUAAGUUUAAGUAAAUUAGAACCCUGUUUUCCAGAACUAGUACAUAAUAGAGUAAACAUAGAUAAUGAAACAAACUGUUUAAUUUGGCCGGUAGCUUUAGUUUAUCCUGAAUAUAAAAUUAUGGAUUAUAUUCAGCAGUUUAAUGAACAAGACAUUAUUCUUGAUCACUUAUCGGCAGUUUUUGAAACAUCACCUGAAUGGGAUGUGCAAAAUAAAUACAAACUCGAAAAUUUGAACGUCUAUUUUGAAAACCAAAAGAAAAAAUUUGUUAAAGUUGAUUUUAAUGAGAGUUUGAGAGAUGUUUUGAAAAAACCUGGUUUUGUUAUCAAAGGUGGAACGCCCUCAUUUAUAGUGUUAGUUCAAAAUAGUCAAGCUGAAAAAAUGUUAUUAGAAAAUCAAUAAAUACACUUACCAAUAGCUGCCAAUCAAGAUAUUUAUUUCCAGAAAAAUUGAAAGAAAGAAAAAAACAUUUUGCAACUACAAAGUUCAAUUACAAAAAAAAAUAUAUAAAUACAUACACAAAAACAAUAAAUAAAUAUGUAAUGUAUAAUAUUAUGUAAUUAAAGUUUUACAGUUUUUGGGACAA